AUGGCUCUGGAAAGCGAUGCUGCUGGUAUGAGUGAGAAAGAGACCCAGCGCCCCUCGACUAUCAGGAAGGCAGCGCGUGCUGCGGCUUCUGCGGUCAAAGGGGGCAGCCUCCGCGCGGUCAAGGCUACCGGCAAGAAAGCCGCUAGGAAGCUGAAGAAGCGCGCAUCGUUCAACUCUGGCACAUCAGAAGGCGACCAAGAGGGCUCGGACGAUGAAGACGUACCCACUGUAGACAACACUGAUGAGGAGCCCGAAGACGAGACACCCCUGAGCAGGCUCUUGGCGAGUCAGCGGAUGAAACAGAAGUUGUCAGCGCCGGUGUACGCAUUCCACAAGCCGGACAUCAAGAUUCUCACCAACGAGAAAGCACAAAUGGUGCACGAGAGUUCACUUGUGCGAAGCCGGGAUAACCUCAUUCGGCAUGCAAAGUCGUGUUUGGAAAGACCUGGCGUGGGGGAAGGCUGCAACUGA